GAAGUGGGAACGGGGCGGGCCGGGGGGAGGUGACGCGCUGGUGAAAGGGACUUCCGGUUCUUGCAGCAUCGCGUCAAGAGGAAGAAGGAAGUUCCGAAGGCCGCGCCUGGAAGGGGAAAACAACUGGCCGUUGCGGUCGAUUGGAAGGCGAGCGGCGUUUGGGAUCCGCGCGGCGGCUGCCUCCCCUCCCCCUCCCGUUCUGCGCCGGCCUUCUCCCGUUACGGCGCCAUGACGUAUCCGGGGUUCGGAGCGUACGGAGCUUAUCGUGGUCAGAUACCAAUGCAAAUGGCAGUGGGCCAGUCUGUCCCUGGAGGAGUACCGAGCGUGGCCCAUGGAGGAUCUCCCGGAUACUCUGUUUACUCUGGUGCCUAUGCUGCAGCAGCUGCUGCUGAUCCAUUGUGGACAUUCUUCAGUGCUAUUGCUGGACAGGAUGGUGAAGUGGAUGCAGAAGAACUACAGAGAUGUCUAACACAGUCUGGAAUCAGUGGAACAUAUUCUCCAUUCAGCUUGGAGACCUGCAGAAUUAUGAUAUCAAUGUUGGAUAGAGAGAACACUGGGAAAAUGGGAUACAAUGAAUUUAAGGAACUGUGGGCCGCUCUCAAUGCUUGGAAGCAGAAUUUCAUGAUGAUUGAUCAAGACCGAAGUGGAACUGUGGAACUUCAUGAAUUGACUCAAGUCAUUGUCGCUAUGGGUUAUAGGCUAAGCCCACAGACAUUAAUUGCUAUUGUGAAACGUUACAGCAAGAAUGGGAAAAUAUUUUUUGAUGACUACGUGGCUUGCUGUGUGAAGCUUCGAGCUUUGACAGACUUCUUCAGAAGAAGAGACAGCAUGCAACAGGGCGUUGUGAAUCUUGUCUAUGAUGAUUUCCUGCAGUGCACCAUGGCUAUCUGAGUGCCAAUUUGGGAAGGAAACCCCCAUGAAUAAUUUCAGUGACUUCAAGAAAACUAACUGAAUGCUGUGAGAGGAAGGCUGCCAUUGAUUUUUCCACAUUUCUGCCUGUUAAUGCCUCAUUGCUGUAUAAAUAUCUUUGAGACUUUUAGUGUGUAGUUUGACAAUAAACAAGUGUUCACAUUUACAGUAA